ACUGUGCUAGACGCAUCCAGAAGUAUGUUACCAAGAAGUUUGGAGAGGACUGGAUUUUCUUGAUUCUGCUAGGUCUGGUCAUGGCACUGGUGAGCUGGGGAAUGGAUUAUGCCAGCGCGAAGAGCCUACAGGCCUACAAGUGGAUGUACAGAGAGCUGCACCCGAAUGUCGCUAUGCAGUAUUUGGCAUGGGUCACAUACCCCCUUGUUCUCAUUCUGUUUGCGGCCAUUUUCUGCCAUCUCGUCUCCCCACAGGCUGUUGGGUCUGGAAUUCCAGAACUGAAGACAAUUAUGAGGGGAGUAGUACUCAAGGAAUACCUCACUCUCAAAGCUUUUGUGGCCAAAGUUGUGGGCCUUACAGCUGGGCUUGGAAGUGGCAUGCCCGUGGGGAAAGAGGGUCCUUUUGUGCAUAUUGCUAGCAUCUGUGCUGCUGUACUCAGCAAGUUCAUGUCAAUUUUCUGUGGUGUGUAUGAG